AUGGACGGCGCGCAGCCGGGUCCGCCCAAGAUCCGCGUCGUCGCCGCCAGAUCCGCCCCGCGGCAGGCGCCCGGCGCGCCCGGCGCGCCCGCCCCCGCGCCCACCCCCGCCCACGCGCAGCACGUGUUCACCCCGCCGCAGCUGCCCGCGACGCACCCCGGGAACGUCGACGCGGCCGGCUCGGUCCACGGCUCCGUCGCCGCGUGCUCCAACGUCACCACCCGCGCGUCGUCGUCGAGGACGGCGUCGCUCGGCUCCUCGGACGCGCCGCCCGACGAGCUCCUCUCCACGCACCGCGCCUUGGUGCUCGCGUCCAGGCUCCGCGCCCUCCUGGAGAGAACCUCCGUCGGGGAACUGCUGCGGGCCAAGCGCGAGAACGAGCGAGCGACGUGCCCGGACGACGACCAGCAGCCCGGUGUUUUGACCCUGUGGCCGGACACCAAGAUCGUGGACGCCCUGCGCCAGCUGUCGCGACGCCGGGUCCUCUCCGCGCCCGUCGUCGACGCCUCCUCCGGCCAACUCGUGCACAAGGGCUUCCUGUCGCUCUCCGACAUCGUCCUCGACCUGUGCAGCAGGGAUACCGUCGAGCUCGAGGCGCUGCUGCGCGAGCUCGGCGAGUCCACGCUGGGCGAUGAAUCGCACUACCCCCCGGGCACGGAGUGGCAGAACCUGCCCGUGAGCGAGGUCAUGGCCACGCCCAACUGGCAGGACGGUCACUCCGUUUGGAGAUGCGACGAUCCCGAGUACGAACGACUCACCGUCCUGGAGCUCUGCCGCGAGUAUUUCUUCCACGGCUCACCCGACGGGCCCAUCUGCCACCGCGUCGCGGUGUUCAGACGCGACGGCGACGCCCUACGGGUCGCCGCCGUGAUUUCCGCGGCGGAUAUCGUCAGGCACUCGUUGCUCGCGGCGACGGAGCAACCCGGACCAUCCAUCGACGAUCAAUCCAUCGACGAGGAUUCAAUCGCCGCCGACGAGAUCGCCGCGCUCGCCGCGCGAACGACGCUGGCCGAGCUCGGCAUGGCGGUCAAGACCGUGUUCACGGUGGACGCGGACGACGCCGCGUUGCACGCGUUCCAGCGCAUGACCCGGCUCGGUCUCACCUCCGCGGCGGCGGUGUCCGGCUUUCGAGAGGACGGUUCCUUCGACGGGGAGGUUGUCUGCGAUGUCACCGCCGGCGACAUACGUGGGGUGUGGCCCGACCAGUUCCGCGCGCUCACGUCGCCGCUGCGCGAGUACAUCGAGCGGGUCCGCGGCGUGGAGCGGGGCGGCGGCGGGAACGGGAUCGGCGGCGUGUUUUGGCGGCCGCGGCUCGCUCGCCCUCGCUUCUUCCGUCGGUCCACCACCUUCGCCGAGGCGGUCGAGAGGCUGAGCGAGGACGCCGUGCACCACGGGUUCGUCUCCGAGGACCGCGCGGGAACGCGGGUGACGUCGAAGGACUUGAUCGGGAUCGUCACGCAGACGGACGUGCUGCGACGGAUCUGCUUCGAGGACGAGUACCUUUCCGAGUGCCUUUCUGGAUAA